AUGAGAAACAUUCUUGAAUUUGUUUCAUCUCCGGCUUUACUGACUCUGCCAUCUAUGCUGGCCAUUUUGAGUUACAUAAGAGCAGAACAAGACUUGUCCGGAAUAAUUUUAACAAAAUAUCAAACCUCCACUUCACAAAAAUCUGUGUUCUCAAAUAUUUCAUCGAAUUUUCAUGAUUAUAUUGCGCCGCGUAUCUUUCUCUCUCGGAUUCUGUUUGCCCCAUACUAUUCCAUAAUGAUAGGUAGAUUUAUAAUUGUUGGUCUACUAGCCUUAGUGGCAUACCUCCAAUUACACAAGAAUGAUCCCUUGUACAAUUUCAACUCAUUGCUGUUGCUGCAGCUAAAUAAUUCACCUUGGCAACAGUUCCUUGACUACCUUUCAAAGGAUUCAUCCGGAAACUAUGAUCCUGUAAUAAGCAAGUAUGGAUAUAAUCCACUUGCAAAGAAACAACAGAAACUAAGCUCCAAUUCAUACUAUGAAACCCUCUUCACUGGCCGCAACAGGACUCAGAUCGGUAGAGAAAAUGCAACUAUUGUAAUGCUUGCGAGAAAUAGUGAUCUAAAAGGCGCACUUCAAUCAAUGAGAUCGCUAGAAGAUAGAUUCAAUAAUCACUAUAGAUACCCGUGGGUUUUCUUGAACGAUAAACCCUUUGAUUCUGAGUUCAUUAUGCAAACAUCCGCCAUGGCUAGUGGCCAGACGUUCUACGAGUUGAUCCCAGAGGAAGAUUGGAAUCCACCACCACAUAUUGACAAAAAGAAGCUCGAGAGAAACAUCGAAAAGUCGCAGCACAUAAUUUAUGGCUUCUCACACUCCUACAGGAAUAUGUGUCACUUCAACCUGGGCUACUUCUACAGACAAAAGCGUCUAUUGGAUUACGAGUGGUAUUUCAGGGUCGAGCCGGAUGUCGAGUAUAUGUGCGAUUUUAUGUAUGACCCGUUUGAGCUUCUUCGCACGACAAAUAAGACUUACGGUUUCACCAUUACCAUUCCCGAAUAUCAAGAGACCAUUCCCACGCUAUGGGACACUGUGGAAGAUUUCAUGGAAAAAUUUCCGCAACAUUUGCACCCAAAUAACGCUCUUGAUUUUAUCACAACGAACGACAGCGAUGUAUUCUUUCACACUGUCGCCAAGUCUGAUUCUAGGUACAAUAUGUGCCAUUUCUGGUCCAACUUUGAAAUUGCCAAUUUGGAUUUUUUCCGGAGCCAAGCCUACGCCGAUUAUUUUGAUCACCUCGAUAAAGCAGGAGGGUUUUACUACGAGCGAUGGGGUGACGCGCCUGUUCAUUCCAUUGGUGUGGCUCUUCUAUUAGACAAGAAUGCCAUCCACCACUUUGACGACAUUGGGUAUCAUCAUCCACCAUAUAUGGCAUGUCCACAAUCUGAAGAGGUUCGAACGAUCAAAAGAUGUAUUUGCAAAAUUGAAGGGGAAAAAGAUGCAAAAGGAAUGGAUGUAUUACCACCUAGUUGUCUCCCACGAUGGUGGCGAUAUGGAAGUGGGAAAAAGUUUCUCAAUGAACAUCCAUAUGAACUCCAUUGA